CCCCCCCCCAACGCCCCGCCUUGGUCACGGUGAGGAAUUACUUCCAUCGACCAUUUAUUUAAGCCGCACUCUCCCGUCUCAUGAGCUUUUUCGGGUCCGACGUGAGCCUGUCGACACCGGCCGCCGCUCGUCGGAACACCAUGGGGAUUUGAGAGACAGGGGAAGCGACGGGACUCCGCAUCUUUCUCCUGCGCUGCCGUGAGGCUGCAGAGGACCAUGCAGCACCUGACACCAUGGCGAGCUCUGCUCCUCCUGGCCGCGCUGUGCCAGCCGGGCAUGUCAGACAGAUACGGUUGCCUGUUUGAGAGGAAACUGUGCAUGAGGGAUCAGUUUUGCUCAGAUGACGGGCUGUUUGGUCAGUGCCAUAGCUCCAAGCAGGACCAGGUCCAGUACCAGGUGUCAAUUCCUGUUCUGAAGAGGAUGCAGGAAGUCCUCAAACAGCUAAUGCAGCAAGGGCUUUCAUGGCAGGAUGACAUCACACAGUAUAUUUUAUCGAAGGAGUUGAAGAGAGUUCCCCACACCAUCCACCCCUCCAAACCGAACUCCCCUUCCUCCUCUUCUCAUUCACCUCAGCCUAAACAGUACAUCCCCAGUCACCAUAGUUCCAAGUCGGGGUCCACAUCUCCCGGUGGCAACUAUGUGGACUACAUGAUUGUUGAGCCUCCUCAAUCCCAGAUGCGCAUGCAGACAGCGUCCAUGGACCCCUACACAUACCGCCAGCAUAGGUACCAAGAUGAAGUUGAGCGAUCUCUCAUAGGGGCAGGGGGCAACUAUGCCCGCCCCUCUUCAAGGUCCCAGGCCAAUCAGAGAGAGCGAGAGCGAGAGCGAGCGCAAGAGCGUGACAGGCAGCUGCUACAGGAAGCCUUGUCUCUCUACCUGGCAUCUGCCCAGCCCUCAUAUCGCCACCGGGGGGCUGCUGCCAUGGCUCCUGCAGGACUGCCUUAUUAUGAGGACUUGGAACUGGAGAUUCCAGUGGACUAUGUGGAAGACUAUACCCUAGAGGAGCGAAUUGGUACUGCAGGCAGACAACAAAUGCCGCAGAACAAGAAGGUUCUUCAGGAUGUCAGCUCUCUGUCUGGAAACAACAAUGGCUUGCUCCAGAGGAUGUCAGGAGUCUUGCAGAAGUACGGAGUUGACCCCAGGGAACUCAGUCAAGAACAGCUCUACAAGCUAGCCCUGAUACUGCAGCUGCUGCAGGCCCAAGACAAAACAGAUCCAAUUGAGAAGGACCUCCUCACCCUCAAGGAGACUCAGGUGUUGAAAUCAGACAGCUCGUCAAAUAAGCCACAGAAACCCGCUCCCGUUCCCGGACCCCCCGGUGCCCCACCUGCACCCUCCUCUGCCUCGGUCCCGGCCACACCUCCAGCCAGGAGCACCAGCCUUCCCUCCUCUGCCUCUCAGCCCCCUCAGGCCUCUCCUGCAGAAGCCGGACAGGGCCUGAAGGAGAAGGAGCCGCCACUGGUUGAGGGUGCGGGAGCCAAGGAGGAGUACGGGUACAUUGUCACCAACCAGAGUCCUCUGAGUCUGAAUGAUGGAGUGAAGCUGCUGGAACUACUGGCUGAUAAGAUACACCUGACAACCAGCAGCUUCAUCAAUAUCAGUGUGGUGGGUCCCGCGCUGACGUUCCGUAUCCGCCAGAAUGAACACAACAUGACGGCUGCAGAGGUGGCUGCUAAAGCUGUAUCGGAAAAGAACUUCCUGGAGUCUGAGACGGGCCUGAAGAUUGUACAGACUGGCAUGGGAGAGAGGACAGAUGUACGGGGUCUCCCUCAGGUAACCAGGGUUUCCCAGGGCUCCAGUGGGACGGUUAUCACCCUUGUUUCCAUGGCAGUUGUGGGUGGCCUGCUGGUAUUGGCCAUGGCCGUAGCUUGUCUCAGGCACUAUGCUCAGCAAGUGGCCAAUGGCAAGCUCGGCCUGGGGCCAGAGGGAGGAGCCGAAACACACUUCGACUACCAGGAGCUAUGUCGGCAGCACAUGGCAUCCAAAUCCUCCUUGUGCCGUCAGGACUGCGUGGCCGGAGUGAGCAGCACCAUGGCAGGGACCGCCAUAGGAACAGGGGCCGGCGGUCGACGGGGCACCGACACAUCUCGUGUCAGCAGCGUCUCCUCCCAGUUCAGCGAUGGUCCGCAGCACAGCCCGUCCUCCACCCACAGCUCGACCCCAUCGUGGAGCGAAGAGCCCGCCCAGUCCAAUAUGGACAUCUCUACCGGCCACAUGAUACUGGCUUACAUGGAGGACCACCUGCGUAAUAAGGACCGCCUUCAGAAGGAGUGGGAGGCUUUGUGCUCCUACCAGGCCGAACCCAGUUCAGUGGCUGUGGCUCAAGUCCCAAACAACGUGGACAAAAACCGACACGCUCAAUCCCUCCCCUAUGAUCACUCUCGGGUGAAGCUGAAGACUGAAGUGAACCCAAGUAAACAUGAUUACAUCAACGCUAGCACCAUAUUUGAUCAUGACCCUCGCCAACCAGCUUACAUUGCCACACAGGGACCUCUGCCCCACACUGUUGCAGAUUUCUGGCAGAUGGUGUGGGAGAAUGGCUGCACGGUGAUAGUGAUGAUGUCGGCACUGGUGGAAGACGGAGAGAAGCAGUGCGAGCGAUACUGGCCCGAUGAGGGCUCGUCACUCUACCACAUCUAUGAGGUGAACCUGGUGUCUGAGCACAUCUGGUGCAAGGACUUCCUGGUGCGCAGCUUCUACCUGAAGAACGUCCAGACUCAGGAGACCAGAACUUUAACACAGUUCCACCUGUUGAGCUGGCCGGCCGACGGCAUCCCCACCUCCACACGACCACUGCUGGACUUCCGCAGGAAGGUGAAUAAAUGCUACAGAGGUCGCUCCUGCCCAAUCAUCGUUCACUGCAGCGAUGGCACCUGCAGGACUGGCGCGUACAUCCUCAUUGACAUGGUGCUGAACCGCAUGGCCAAAGGAGUGAAGGAGAUCGACAUCGCAGCCACACUGGAGCACAUCAGAGACCAGAGACCUGGCUUGGUCCACACCAAGGACCAGUUUGAGUUUGCACUGACAGCGGUAGCAGAGGAGGUGAAUGCCAUCUUGAAAGCCCUGCCACAGUGAGCCACACACUUUAGGACACAUGCAGACAAAAAAAAGAGAAGAAGACAAACCCCAAAGGACACACGUGUGCGAUCCAGUCAUGUAUGUCUGGCCCACACUGUAAAUAAGAAUUUGCUUUACCACACUUGUUUUCAGCAUGCAGUAUUUUACCAUCCAUGCAGUCACUCUCUGGGUUUUUAAAAUCUUUGGAACUUCAUUUGAAUGAAAAGUACAAAAAAUGACGCGGAUGUAAAUAUGAACAGUGAUUUGACACAGAUUUGAGUCUUUACUUUCUGAAAUUUCUACUUGAUUAGACAAUAAUACGGCCAUCACAUGUGCAUACACUGUGCCGAUGUGCAGAACAGGGAGCUUAUUUAUUUAAUGGUCGGUAUCUUUGCCUCAUGAUUAAUUAACAGAUGAUUUACCACCAACACUGAGGGGUUUAUUCUGGCUGUUCUGUUGAAUGUUGCAAUUUUCAAACAUAAAAAUAUUGUUAAAUUUCUUCACAACCACGUCCAUCUUACUGAUUUACAGACUGGUUCCUCUCCCUGUAACUCUCCGAGUGCGGUGUUAACGUGUCCACCAGAAUACUGUGUGCUCCGGUCUAGUGUGUGUUGAUUCCCUGCAGAUUUUUAUUUGUGAGGCUUGUUUUUGCCUUGAGGGUAUGAUUGUUUGCUCUAAGCACUGGUUGUUUUGACAGUAAAAAUUCUACUUUACUGUACUUUACAUUAACCACAAAGUACGGAUCACUCACACACACACCAAGUGAUGUUUGGCUUCUUUCUCUUUCUCGUUCCUUGUUCGUCCUUGUGACUAUUGUAAAUAAUUCAUCCAGAUGAUUGUGUUUAUUUCAUGUAGCAGACAGAUGGAAAAUAUCUAUAAAAAUGUAUUUUUGACUUUACCUUAAUAAAUUUGUGAUGUGAUGCAGCAGAAUAAAAAGGCUUGAAUGCU